AUGGCAGACUCAACACCCUACGCCCUCUCAAACCCCCCCACCGACCUCUCAGCAAUCUCCCAAAUCGACUCUUCAAUCCUCUUUCCCACCUUCACAACCUCCGAUGCCUGGACUCUAGGCUGCCUGCUGCGCUCCCGCCUCUCCACCUUCCCUUCUCCAACAGUAAUCUCCAUCACCCUCGCCAACUCCACACCUUUAUUCUACACAGCCGUGCGCAGCGGCAUAACCCCCGACAACACUUCCUGGGUGGCCAGAAAGAGCGCGACGGUGCUUAGAUUCGGCACCUCGACUUGGUACAUGCAUAACAAGUUUGCGGGCGACGAAAAGGCCUUUGCCGAGAAGUACUGUUUGCAAGACAAGGCUAAGGAGUUUGCAAUUCAUGGUGGUGGAUUUCCUGUUAGGGUCAAGGGGGUUGAGGGUGUCGUGGCUGUUAUUGUUGUUAGUGGGUUGAAGCAGCAGCAAGAUCAUCAGAUUAUUGUUCAGACUUGCAGGGACUUUUUGGAUGGUGUUGGCGAGGGUGAGGAGAAGAGAAAGGAAGAUUAG